UAUUGUACAAUGUUGUGGGCUGAUAGAUUACUAAUAUUUCCGUUCAUCGACGGAAGAGGUGUAUGUAAACUUUACUUAUAAUACUGCUGUAGUUGUGCAAUUAUCGUGUUUGCAAUAACUAGUAACCAACCAACUUCGCUUGCUUGAUCAAUUGCCUCAAUAUUUACAAAAUGAGAACCAGGAUGAUACAUUCAAGUUUUCUGUUGAUCUGUUUAUUCGCAAUGUCAGAGCAAUGUGCAUGUCCAGUCCAAAUUACACAGGCAAUUGUGUGUUUCGACCCAAUAGUCGUUGAGGCUAAAAUUGAAUCAGUCGCAGAAAAGAGUUAUUACACCAACUACCAAAUAUCCGUGACAAAAUUCUAUAAAGGAAAAAGGGAGUAUGAUACAUUGUCCAAUAAAACGACACUGAAGACACCAAAACAUUCUGCAGCAUGUGGACCCGUAGUUUUGAAAGUAGGAACAAGCUAUAUUCUCUCAGUCUCUGCAUAUGCUGGCAUAAUGCAACAUAACUUAUGUGAACUCCAAGUUGAAGCUUCCAGUGCAACGAACACAUUGUUAAAUGGCAUUGCUGGAAAAUAUCAAGAGAACUGUGAUUGUAAGAUUCCUUCUAUGUAUGAAGUUCCACAUAUGGGACCACGGACCAACAACCAAUGUGGACACUCAACUCAAGGAUGUGAUGGUGUGGAUUCCAUAUGUGCUAGAGAUCGUAAUGGUCAAUGCAAUUGGCAAAAUUGCUAAAGAAAAGUGACACAAAAGAUCUUUGUUUUUGUAAUACACUGUAUUAUUCUACUAUGAAAUAAACAAACAUCACAAU